CAAACCGAAAAUCAAGUAUGAACAAUUUGAAAUUUAUUUUACUGAUGAUAGAUAUUUUCGUACUGAUAGUAGCCACACAAUGGUACGAAUUGAAAUCAACAACUGGCUUUACGGUAUCUAAUUGUACCGAGCAGCAAGUCGAUAGUAUGUUAUCAUGUGCAGCGAUUGGGCGUGCGGCAAAAUGUGUAACAUAUUAUUUCAAUGUAUAUGAAUACCUAUGUUCAUGGAAUUGUAAAUUUUUUGAAAAUAAUUCACAUGCUGUUGGAAAUCAAGGAUGGCGUAAAUACGAGCUAAAAUGGAAAGAAAACUCUGCAUUGGGGAAACCAGUUGUAGGAUCUUCAAUAUUCGGUAACAAUUCCGCAGAUUGGGAUCCAAGCUAUGCUACAGACGGUCUUGUCCUAAACAGAUGUCCAAAAAUAUUUCAUUCAAACUUUGAGCCUUCUCCUUGGAUCAAAGUGGAUUUGAUGAAUCCAUUAACAAUAUCAUUUAUUCGAGUUUUUAACAGACCAGACGUGUUAGGGGAAAGAUUUCACGACGUUGCCGUUGAAGUGACAAAUAACAGUGAUUACAUUCAACGUGGCUUCUACGAGGGACCUGCAGCGACUGGUGAAACUGUGGACAUCCUUUGUGACUACCCAACCAUUGCUCGGUACGUCCGACUAAGAAUAACAGUAGGAUCUGGAAACAGUCUUCAUAUUCAAGAACUUGAAAUAUACACAAUAUGACUCGGGUUUUAUGAAUAUACGAGGGCUGUUAGAACAGUUCGCGGACACAGUGAUACACGGAAAAACAUGUACUUUGAAGGAUGAUAUAUGUUUUAUCAAAUGACUAUCUAUUGAAAAUAAGUUUGCAAAAAAAUCACAUGUUUUUAAUAUUUUUGUUCAAGAUAUACAGCUAGUUUUAUCUAACUCGAGUUAGAUCCACGGAGCACCAUUUCAUAAUUCCAUGACGUCAGGUGACGUCAAACAACUAGAAGGCAAAUCUGUCACUCUUUUUCAAAGUAAACACCCUUCAGUUCCACGCACUUUUCACGUCGUUUAACCCAUUUUUAACAUGUAUCCUCGUACCGUUGUAGCGUCCUUGCAUGCUACACACACACACGGAUUUAACCAGAUUUAGGCCAUGAUUAAAACAGGUUCGUCAUUGAAGAUCUUUAAAACCGGAAACAACGUCACACAUAAUACGGGGGCAAUAACCCAACAUAAAACAGUAGGAGAUAGCAUAGAGUUACAUGUAUCUCUCUUAGAAUACCUAAUGUAAAUUGCAAACACUACAUCCCUUCCUUUCUCGCAAUACAACUAUGUUCCAAUUGAAAUAACUUCUAAAAAGUAAUCAAUUAAACACAUAAGCAGUGCCAUACUUAUUUGUACAUUGGCACAAAUCAAUUACUUGUGUUGACAAAGACAUAAUAAAAUAUUCCAAAUUUAACAUGAAGAUUUCCUAUUACAUUUUACCAAUGCCAGA